UCUCUCUCUCUCUCCUUCUCCUUCAUAAGACCUCUCCUUCUUCCCUCUCUCUCUCUGUUUCUCUCCGUCUCUGUCUCUCCAUCUUCUACUCCCUCGUUCAAUUUGUAACUAACAAGACCCAGAAGGAAACCAAAAAAAAAAUGGUGAAGAUAUGCUGCAUCGGCGCUGGCUACGUUGGCGGACCAACCAUGGCCGUGAUAGCUCAUAAGUGCCCCGAUAUCGAAGUAGUCGUAGUGGACAUCUCCGAGCCAAGAAUCAGUGCCUGGAACAGCGACCACCUCCCGAUCUACGAGCCCGGUCUCGAUGACGUGGUGAAGAAAUGCAAAGGCAAGAACCUCUUCUUCAGCACAGAAGUGGAGAAACAUGUCUCCGAGGCAGAUAUCGUGUUUGUCUCCGUCAAUACUCCGACCAAAACACAAGGUCUCGGAGCAGGAAAAGCCGCCGAUCUCACUUACUGGGAGAGUGCUGCUCGUAUGAUUGCUGAUGUCUCGAAAUCCAGCAAAAUCGUCGUCGAGAAAUCCACGGUCCCCGUGAAAACAGCCGAGGCGAUUGAGAAGAUCUUGACCCACAACAGCAAAGGCAUAAACUUUCAGAUCCUCUCAAACCCGGAAUUUCUCGCCGAGGGAACUGCUAUCGAGGAUCUUUUUAACCCGGACCGUGUCCUGAUCGGUGGAAGGGAUACACCAGAAGGGCACAAGGCCAUCGAGGCAUUGAAAGAGGUUUAUGCUCAUUGGGUUCCCGUGGAACGGAUCAUUUGCACCAACCUCUGGUCAGCCGAGCUCUCCAAGCUUGCGGCCAAUGCAUUCUUGGCCCAGAGGAUCUCGUCUGUCAACGCCAUGUCAGCGCUGUGCGAGGCAACAGGUGCUGAUGUUACACAAGUGUCACAUGCUGUCGGUAAGGACACGAGAAUCGGACCCAAGUUCUUGAACGCCAGUGUCGGUUUUGGUGGCUCUUGUUUCCAAAAGGAUAUCCUGAAUCUUGUCUAUAUCUGCGAGUGCAACGGCUUGCCAGAGGUGGCUAACUACUGGAAGCAAGUCAUAAAGGUGAACGAUUACCAGAAGAUCCGUUUCGCGAACCGGGUCGUGUCCUCGAUGUUCAACACCGUCUCCGGAAAGAAGAUCGCCAUCCUGGGGUUUGCGUUCAAGAAAGACACUGGCGACACCAGAGAGACACCCGCCAUUGAUGUCUGCAACAGCUUAGUUGCCGACAGGGCCAAGCUGAGCAUUUACGAUCCUCAGGUUUCGGAAGAACAGAUCAAGAAAGAUCUCAGUAUGGCCAAGUUCGAUUGGGAUCAUCCUGUUCAUCUUCAGCACACGAACCGCGACGCAAUCUCAGAACAAGUCACCGUAAUCUCAGAUGCUUACGAGGCAACGAAAGAUGCUCAUGGAAUCUGUGUCUUAACCGAGUGGGACGAGUUCAAAUCGUUGGAUUUUCAGAAGAUCUUCGACAAUAUGCAGAAACCCGCGUUCGUGUUCGAUGGCAGGAACAUUGUGGACGUGCAGACGUUGAGGAAGAUCGGCUUUAUCGUCUAUUCGAUCGGUAAGCCACUGGAUUCAUGGCUCAAGGACAUGCCUGCAGUUGCUUAAAAGGCUUUACAAGAUGUUUCCGACAUCGAGCUAUUUAUCAUGUCCUUCCGUAUAUUUUUUGUGUAUUAUCUGAAUUUUGAAGUGUCUGAAUGCCCUUUUCAGCUGGAAGAGUGUAUCUGAUUUUGUUCAUUUGUUUUGUUUUCUUUUCGGUAAUAAACGCAUACAAAUGCAUGCAUCGGAUUA